AUGUUUUUUGUUGCUUUCUCCUUCGUUAUUUUAUAUUUUCUUUUAAUUCUUCUUUGUUUUGUCUUUCUUUUUUGUUGUCAUUUUUUUCUUCUUUUUCUGUUUGUUUCAUUUCUACGUUUUCAUUUUUCCUUUCUUUUGUUUCAUAUUUUUAAUUUCCUUCAUUUUAAACUCUUUCUUUCUACUGUGCCGUUUACUGUCGUUUUUUCUUUCUUUCUUUUUUCAUCUUUCUUCCUUCCUCUCUUUUUACCGUUUCAUUAUUUUUUCCUCUCCUUCAGUUCGCUUGCUUCCUUUCCUUCUUUCUUUAUCUCAUGGUUUCUUUUUCUUAUUUCAUUCUUUCUUCUUCUUUCUUUCUUUCUUUCUUUCUUUCUUUCUUUCUUCUUCUUCAUUCUCUUUUUUCCAUUCUUUAAUAUUUCACUCUUUUCUGUUAAUUCCUUUUUUCAUUUUCCUCUUCUUUCUUCUUUAACUCUCUUUCUUCCCCUUUCUCGCUACGUUUAA